AUGCGAAUGCCGUUCAUCGAUACGCAAACUGGAGUUGCUCAAAGUCAUUGCAAUUUGUUUAUGACAAGAAAACAGCGUAUGCCGGGUGCUAGAGAGGGACAAGUGUAUACAUACCCUUCACAAAGAUGGCGCAAAGCACGACGUCAGUACUUGACAAUGUCUUCAACACGAUGGGGUUGGAGUGCGUUGGAUGCUGCGGAGAAUGUUGGCGAAGGGGAAAACAGCUCUGGCAUACCAGGAGAUGCAUUUGCUGGAGAUGACAGUCGAGAUGGCUCUCAGACUGCUACCAAAGAUGAUCCAAAGUCACAAACCCUUCAGGAAUGGUUCUAUGAUGACCUCGCAAUAGAGGAAAUGGAGACUGGCGAGGAACCAGACCCAGAGUCGGAUGAAGAUUAUUACGACGAUACCUAUGCGAACCGCCGCAAAAGGAGGGGCGUAGCCCCUACCGGUCCGGGAUCCCGUGGCGGCAGGAGAGGAAACAAGCAGCCCGACGACACACCAGCUAAGCGUGGCCGCGCGGGCCGGGGCCGAAAGCGGGCAGGUCAAGGCACAUUGCCAUAUGAAGUGCCCGGCGAUGCCGAGAAACCGUAUGGAUGCGAACUGUGCGGCGCCAAGUACAAGACGCGCCCGGGGCUGACGUACCACUUCACGCACACGCACAAGGACGGGCAGGGCUCCGGCGGGGGCGCGGGCGCCGCCGCCUCGGGCUCCGCCCCGGCCGCCUGCAGCGACGGGGACUCCCGGGACAGCCGCCCCGGCGCCCACACGCCGCCCGCCGUGCCCCAGCCGGCCACGGAGUACCAGGACAGCUACGUCACCUUCCUCAACAACCCAGCGGUGGGCACGCCUGGCGCGGCGGCUCCGCCCGCGCGCAAGCCCUCGCCCCCGCCCCGCCCCGCCUCAGCGGACACGUCCUCCUCGGACUCUGCGCAUGCACCCCUCGUGCCGCCGGGGACCGCAGCCGCCGCCGCCGCCGCCUCCGCCUCCGCCUCCGCUACCGCUCCCGCCCCCGGCCCCGCCACUCCAACCGCUGCCGCUUCCGCUACCUCCUCCGCUGCGCCCUCCGCCGCCCCAUCCACCCCCGCUGCCGCCCCCUCCACGCCGGUUGUGUUGCCCGUGCUGAAGGAACCAGAGACUAAGGCGUCGCCGUCGCCGUACUGCGACUUCUGCCUCGGCGACGACCGCGAGAACAAGAAGACCGGCACGCCCGAGGAGCUGGUCAGCUGCUCGGACUGCGGACGGUCAGGUAAGAGGCGCGGCCGGCCGCCGAGGAACGGCCACCGGCGCCCGCCGCCCUGCUACCACCUCGCGAACAGGGUGUGCGAGCGGCACAGGGCGCUGCGGCCGGUGGCAGUCGAGACCACCGCCACGGGGUCGAUGACCUGCCAGGUGGUCGAGGCAACGACCGCGACCGGUUCGAUGACCUACCCGGCGGACGAGUUCGACACGUUCGCUACGCAGAGCGAGCUGCUGCGCGCGCGCGAGUACGGCGAGUGCGCGUCGCCCCCCUCCGCGCGCCAGAGCCCAGCGCGCGUCAACGGCGCCGAGCUGGGCAGCCCC